AACACAAUACAUUCCUCGUCCGUCGUGUAUUGUGUACUAUUGAAUUCAGUUACAACUUUGAUAAUUAUAUAUUUUUUUUCAUCUCCAACGAAACGUGAUGAGCAGAAAAAUAUAAUAGGUUAAUUCUGAAUUAGUUUGAGUGAAAAUAGUGAUAAUUAUAAUAUAAUUGAUUAGUGAGCUUGAUUUUCGAAAAUACGUUUAUAUGUAAUUUUCUACAUCACGCAUAAAACGACCGUUACGUUUAAAAAAUUUGUAAUUUAUUUUUCGAUUUUACGUUAUAAAUUAUCAUGGGUAAUUUAACAAGUAAAUUGUUUUUGAACGAUGAAGAAGUUAACAGUAAAUCGAAAUUAUCAACUCAAAUUAAAAUGGGCACACUUGAAAAAAAUCAAGAAAAACAUCAAUGUACUCCGAUCAUGACAAGGAAAGAAUUAUCAGCUGAUCCACGAUCUGCAUCUGCUGGAAUAUUGAGAACUCCAAUCGAGGUUGAUACAACACCUACCGGUGUACCUAGACGGGUAGCAAAAGCGAUACCUAAAUAUUUACAACCUAAACAAUAUCUUGAAACUGAUAUUGAUAGUGUUGUUCCAGCAUUAUCAUCAGCACAUGCAACUUUGGAUCCUCGAUCGCCCAAUGUUCCUUGCACACGGACACCUAUCAUGGUUAAACAUGUGCCAGAAUACUUGACUCCGGUUGUAAAGAUAGAAGAAGCGCCGGCAAUGGAUACACCACAUAUGCUUACUAACAGACUUGAUCCACGUUCUCCAGCGGCUGAUUUUGAUAGAACGCCAAUUUUAAAGCCUAAAUCGCCUAAACGUAAUGGGCCACAUGAAAAUAAUAAUAAUUCAAUGGAAUGUACUACAGAAGUAUUAAAUCCACAAUUGGCUUAUUGUGAAACUACCACUGAUUUCAAUAUAUCAGAAAUUCAAGUUUUGCCGGAAAUUGUCUCUGAACAACCAUCGGAUUUGAAAAAACGUUUAGACCUAGAUGAUGAUUUUAACACCAGCAUCGACGAUUGUCUGUUUGCUAAAUGUAGCUCCGAUGAAAGUGAUUCAGAUGGACAGUUAACUGUUAUUCCUAACUUAAAAACUAUGAAGACAGAUGAAAAGUUAUCGUCUACUCAUGAGAUUAUGAAUAAAGAAUUAACCGCUGCUGAUGAAGAAAUAAAGACAGUGAAAGAGGAUUUGGAGAUAAUUACUAAUAUUUCAACUUUGAUAAAUAAAAGAACAAAGGUCGAUACUGAAGAAAAAAUACGUAUUUGGAGAGAUUCAAUAUCGCCAGAUCUUUUCGAAGAGCCUAAGCCCAAAAGUAUGACGUCUAAACAGGAAGAAAUUAUCAUUGAGUUUGAUCAAGAUCAAUCAAUCUCUAAACCUGAAAAGACUAGUAAUGUUUUGUUAGAAAAAACCAACGAAAACACAAUUGGUAAGGAACCUGCUAUCAAAAAAAAGAAGACAGCACAUAAACCUAAGGGAAUAAUUAAUGAUAAAAAGUCAUCGAAUUUGACGGGAGGACGCACACCAUUAAGUAAUCGUUCUAAUAGUCAUAAAUCUGAAAUUUCAAGUAAAUCGCCUCAACAAAUAUUUAGAAGUAAAGCUCUAUCCACUAAACCAUAUCAACAAGAAAAUACACCACCUCGCAGUAAAAAUUUAAAUUCGAAAAUUAAAUCUAGUAAUGCACAGUGGGAUUUAGAUAAGACUGUUAUUAUAUAAUAUAAUAAGUUUUUUCAUUUUAUUCUUAAUUUUUCAACUUAUAAUAGUAAUAUUGUUUUGUUUAAUUAAUGUUAUUAAUAGUUUUUUAUAAAAUCUUAACUUAUUUUCUGACUUUAUAGAGUCAAUAAUUAUUGGAGUUAUUUUACUUACAUUAAUAAACUAAGAAUGUAUUUUUAUUUAAUGA